GACGAGCCGGGCUAGGCUUGCAGGCUCCGUGAGCAAAGUAGUGUGCCUUCUCCGCGCUUUCCCUGCCGCGCCUGCGCAGGCCCCGCGGCGCCCGCGCUGCCAUGGCGCUUCGCUGCCUGCUGCUGCCGGGUCGGGGCGGCUGCAGGGCCCGAGGCUUCCCGUUGCUCCUGCUGUCCGGUGGGAGCGCGGGCCCGAGCGAGCGGCCCUGUUUCCGGACGCUGUAUCGAUACGCUACAACUCAAGCAGCAACCAGCAGAAAUUCUCUUCUGACAGAUGUCAUUGCUGCUUAUCAAAGAUUCUGUUCCAGACCUCCAAAAGGAUUUGAAAAAUACUUUCCUAAUGGAAAAAAUGGGAAAAAUGCUAGUGAACCUAAAGAAUUUAUGGGAGAAAAAAAAGAGUCAAAGCCAGCCAAUACACCGCAUUCUUCUGGAGGAGGAAUUGGUGGUGGUGGAAGACGAGGUGGCAAGAAAGACGAUUCUCACUGGUGGUCCAGGUUCCAGAAGGGUGACUUUCCCUGGGAUGACAAGGAGUUCAGGAUGUAUUUUCUUUGGACUGCUCUGUUCUGGGGUGGUGUCAUGAUUUACUAUCUGUUCAAGAGCUCUGGGAGAGAAAUUACUUGGAAGGACUUUGUCAAUAACUACCUUUCCAAAGGAGUAGUAGACAGACUGGAAGUCGUCAACAAGCGUUUUGUUCGAGUGACGUUUACACCAGGAAAAACUCCUGUGGAUGGGCAGUAUGUCUGGUUUAAUAUUGGUAGUGUGGACACCUUUGAGCGGAAUCUGGAAACUUUACAGCAAGAACUGGGCAUAGAAGGGGAGAAUCGGGUCCCUGUUGUCUACAUUGCUGAAAGUGAUGGUUCAUUUCUUCUGAGCAUGUUACCUACGGUCCUCAUAAUUGCCUUUUUACUGUACACCAUAAGAAGAGGGCCUGCUGGUAUUGGUCGAACAGGCCGGGGAAUGGGUGGACUCUUCAGUGUUGGAGAAACCACUGCCAAGGUCUUAAAGGAUGAGAUAGAUGUGAAAUUCAAAGAUGUGGCUGGCUGCGAGGAGGCCAAAUUAGAGAUAAUGGAAUUUGUGAAUUUCUUGAAAAACCCAAAGCAGUAUCAAGACCUAGGAGCAAAAAUCCCAAAGGGUGCCAUUCUCACUGGUCCUCCAGGCACUGGAAAGACACUGCUAGCUAAAGCGACAGCUGGAGAAGCCAACGUCCCUUUCAUCACAGUUAGUGGAUCUGAGUUUUUGGAGAUGUUUGUUGGUGUGGGUCCAGCUAGAGUCCGAGACUUAUUUGCCCUUGCUCGGAAGAAUGCCCCCUGUAUUCUUUUCAUUGAUGAGAUAGACGCCGUGGGAAGGAAGCGAGGAAGAGGCAACUUUGGAGGGCAGAGUGAGCAGGAGAACACACUCAACCAGCUGCUUGUGGAAAUGGAUGGAUUUAACACGACGACAAAUGUAGUCAUUUUGGCUGGCACCAACAGGCCGGACAUCCUGGAUCCUGCCCUGUUGAGGCCGGGGCGCUUUGACAGGCAGAUCUUUAUUGGACCACCAGAUAUAAAAGGAAGAGCCUCUAUUUUCAAAGUUCACCUCAGACCGCUAAAGCUGGACAGUGCCCUGGAAAAGGAGAAACUGGCGAGAAAACUUGCAUCCUUAACUCCAGGGUUUUCAGGAGCUGAUGUUGCUAAUGUCUGCAAUGAAGCUGCUUUGAUUGCUGCGAGGCACCUUUCAGACUCCAUAGAUCAGAAACACUUCGAACAAGCAAUUGAACGAGUGAUUGGUGGUUUAGAAAAAAAAACCCAGGUUCUGCAGCCAGAGGAGAAAAAGACCGUGGCAUACCAUGAAGCAGGCCAUGCAGUCGCCGGCUGGUACCUGGAGCACGCAGACCCACUUUUGAAGGUAUCCAUCAUCCCACGUGGCAAAGGAUUAGGUUAUGCUCAGUAUUUACCGAAGGAACAAUACCUCUACACCAAAGAGCAGCUCUUGGAUAGGAUGUGUAUGACUUUAGGUGGCCGAGUGUCAGAAGAAAUCUUCUUUGGAAGAAUUACAACUGGUGCUCAGGAUGACUUGAGAAAAGUGACUCAGAGUGCAUAUGCCCAAAUUGUUCAGUUUGGCAUGAAUGAAAAAGUGGGACAAAUUUCCUUUGACCUCCCCCGUCAGGGGGACAUGGUGUUGGAGAAACCUUACAGUGAAGCCACUGCAAGACUGAUAGAUGAUGAAGUACGAAUACUUAUUAACGACGCUUAUAAAAGAACAGUGGCUCUCCUCACAGAAAAGAAAGCUGACGUGGAGAAGGUUGCUCUUCUAUUGCUAGAAAAAGAAGUAUUAGAUAAGAAUGAUAUGGUUGAACUUUUGGGCCCCAGACCUUUUGUGGAAAAAUCUACGUAUGAGGAAUUUGUGGAAGGAACUGGCAGCUUGGACGAGGACACCUCACUCCCAGAGGGCCUGAAGGACUGGAACAAAGAGCGUGAGGGCAAGAAGGAGGAGCCCACGGACGAGAAGGUGGCCAGCCAGAUCAAAGGAGAGAUGCCAUUCUAAUUGUCCGUGUUAGGGUUUCACUUGGCACAUUAUUUCAGCUUUGGCUUUCUCAGAAGAAUGAGAACACUGCUAAGUUGAUUUUUAACCAACUUAAAAAUCAGCUUACCCGUGUGAAAUGGCGGGAAGAGUAAUGCUUAAUCCUCUGCCUCAGAGUUGCGGUGGGGAUGGCAGUGGGAUUUCCUGAAGGCACCGAGGGAAACGCAGGCUGUCCCUCAGCCUCGUUGGGCUCUCUGUACGGUGGCCAAACUCGAGGCCAGUGCCCUGGAGCGCUGGUUUUUCUGGGCCCCACAGGAAGGCCUGCGGCUGAGCAGGUGUGGGGGGGCCAGGGAAUGAACGUGUAAAAUCUUGACACUACUUGAGAGCUACUUUUCUCUUUCCAUCAUCCGCUCUUCAUUCCUUUUACCUUCAGUUUCCCUCUGCAGAUGCAGGGGGCCCAGGGGCUGUGAAAUUAGAUCCUGAUAAGAAUAUUUUGAUUUAAUAUUUUAAAGAUCAAAUCCUGAUCACUUGUGCUGUUUUAAUGGAGUGGUUUUCUACAAAGAGCUGUAACAUAUUUAAAAACAGGAUUGUAUUGUGUAAAUAUGGCUUCCUUACAUCAGGAUAAAAUGUAAACUGUGUAUUUUUUUUUCCCUGAACACACAAAGGUCAUUGUUUAUGCUUAGGAUACUUUGAGAAAAUAUCUGCAAGGAAUUAAAUGUUCUUAUUUUGAGGAGGGAAUCCUUUCCUCAUCACCUUCCACAAGAGGGUUAAUACGUCUAGACCUGUGCAUCCUGGACUGACAUACUGGACUCUGGAUAUAAUGUAUACAAAUGUAGUGCGAGUCAGUGGGCUUAAGGAUCUAGGGUGAUGGCGUCAGCUUAACAAACACUCACUGGCCAAUCACGAGCAGACUUUCCCUGCACUGUCUAGGUCUGGGGUUCAUGUGUAAUCAUGGUGGGUGGGGGCAGCCUGUUCAGACCGUCUCCUGGUGUCCAGGAAGGAACAAUGAGGCUGAGCUGUUGAGGCCCUGCAGCAGUGGCUUCCUGUGACUUCUCAGUAAAGUGGUCGGAACCAUCAACUCCCACUCUCCUCUCCUAGAAGGGAGCAGUGUAGUCCGUGGUCAUGAAGACAGUGCAGGACUGGGCACAUGUAAGGUCGCCAUGAGGCAGAGCUGACUUGAUGGUAACAGCAACAACAAGUGUAAUUUGUGUAGUUGCAGAAAAGGGGAGGUCUGCAGUGUUGUAGCAGACCUCGAUCAGAAUUCUUACAAGAAGAUGGCCUCAGGAAGGCUUACUCAGUCUUCAAACACCAUCAUUUGGACUUGGAGCUACCGAACGUUUUUGCAUUUUUAAUACUUCCCUUAACAGCCUCUUUGAAUGUUAUUCCGACUUGCCUUCUGUAUUGUUGGUCUAAGUAUGUUGUGGAACAGGGUUUUUCAGACUUAAGAUGUAAAAACCUAUAGUGUCCUUGCUGGGGCCCUGGAGACAGAGGUGGAAGGUGGUACUCGGCCAUAGGACCACGCUUACUGGGGCCUG